AGAGAUAAUUUCCAAGUUAUUAUUAUUAUUUUUGUUUAUCAAUUAAAAAAAUUUUGUGUGUGAAAAAAAUGUGUGUUAUUUAAACAAUAUGUAUUUAAAAUAAAUAAAUAUCAAAUAGAAAAAAUUAAUAAUUAUUGUUAAACAAGUGUUUUUUAAAUUUUGUGAUUUUAUUUUUAUUGUAAUUUGUUGUUUUUCUAUAAAUAAAAUUUGACAUAAUAACAAGUUGUAAACAAUCAAGCAUUAGUAUGAUGUCAAUAAAUAAUGAAAUGGAUAAUAUAAAUAUCAUUAAUAAAAACGAAAAUGAAGAACAUAAUGAAAAUAGUGGUGAUAAUUUUUGGAUUAAAAUUGGAUGUCCAAGGCAUAUUGUUGCACCAAUGGUAGAUGCCAGUGAAUUAGCAUGGAGAUUAUUAUCAAGAAAUCAUGGUGGUGAUUUGUGUUAUACACCAAUGUUUCAUUCAUCUGUAUUUUGUCGAGAUGCUAAAUAUCGUAAAGAUGCACUACAAACAAAUGAACAAGAUAGACCACUUAUUGUACAAUUUUGUGGUAAUGAUCCAGAUAUAAUAUUACAAGCAGCUAAAUUUGCUGAGCCAUAUUGUGAUGCAAUUGAUGUUAAUAUGGGAUGUCCACAGGGUAUUGCUAAACGUGGACAUUAUGGUGCAUUUUUACAAGAUGAUUGGGAGCUAUUAAAAAAUAUUGUUGUUACACUUAAAAAAGGUUUAAAAAUACCAGUAACUUGUAAGCUACGAGUAUUUCCAGAGUUAAAUAAAACAAUUGAAUAUGCUAAAAUGUUGGAAAAUGCUGGAGCAAGUUUAUUGACUGUACAUGGAAGAACAAGAGAACAAAAAGGUCCAUUAACUGGAUUAGCAUCAUGGGAACAUAUUAAAGCUGUUUGUGAUGCUGUUAAAAUACCAAUAUUUGCUAAUGGUAAUAUACAGUGUAUUCAGGAUGUUGAUAAAUGUAUUGAAUUUACUGGUGUACAAGGUGUCAUGUCAGCUGAAGGUAAUUUAUAUAAUCCAUUUAUAUUUGAGGGUUGUUAUCCACCUUGUUGGAUACCAGCAACUGAGUAUCUUGAUCUUGUUGAUAAAUAUCCAGCACCAGCAUCAUUUGUACGUGGUCAUCUUUUUAAAAUUUUUCAACACAUUUUAUCUCUCCCAGAAAAUUCAGAGGAACGUGAAAUUUUAGCAAGAAAUUCUACAAUGGAAUCAUUUAGAAAUGUUGUUGAUAAUUUGAGAGAACAAUAUUUGCCUUAUCAUGAGGGUAAAUUAACUUGGAGACCAGAUACUGAUGAUUAUAAUUUAAAAUUACCACCAUGGUUGUGUCAGCCUUACGUGAGAUCAACACCAGAAGAACAUAUUAGUAAAUUAGAGUCUAAAAAAAUUGAAUCGGAAAAGUAUGGAAUUAAAAGAGAAUAUUUGGAUGAUGAUGGUAACCAAGUAUCAAAAUCAAAAAUGAAAAAACUUAAAAAAGUUGCUCAUAAACAACGUCUUGGUUUGCCAGUUAAAAAAGGAACAGAUCUUUGUCAAAAUUGUCCAAAUCCUUCGGGAUUGAAAUGUGAAUACAAAUAUUGUCGACAAUGUUGUAGAAAUAAAUGUUACAGCGAAAAUCUCGACUGCAUUGGCCACAGAAAUAUGACAAAAACACGAAGAAAAAUAGCAAUUGAUUAUAAAAUUAAACGAAACGAAAUAAAUACAACAUGACAAUUAUUUUUAUCAAUUUAAAAAAAAAGAAAAAUAAUAGGAAAAC